CUCUGCUCUUCAUUCUCCGUCUCCACCCUCCUCCUCUUCCUCCUUCUCCGCCUCAGCACCGCUUCCUCUGCAGGUGGAUGGAGGCUGGGAGCCCCGGAGACAGAAGCCAUGGCCGGGAUGCGCCGCCGUCACACUGCUGAGCACCUCCCUUCGCGCCGGGGACCACAUCCUUAAAUGACCCGCGGCUGAAGAGAGGGGGGUGUCUCCGGAUCCAGCGCCCGGAUCAUGGCAUGCUGCCCACACCGGGCAUCCAGCAGUGACCAUGGGGCUCCGGUCCAGGACCGUCGUUAGUAGCUCGGAGGAGCAGAAGAAGCCCUCCGGCGCUCCUCCCGGGGACUUACUGGACCAAAGCACCGCAGGAGCGGACAAGGAUGGCGCCCUGCUGCUGGUGGCUCCGGGCCGGGAUGACUACAAGCGGAGCUCCCAGGGCAUCGGCAUCGGGCUGCUGGCCAAGACCCCCCUGAACUACGCCCGACCGGCCAAGAGGAAUAACAUCCGCAAGAGGAAGAUCCAGAACCUGAUCUACGACGCGCUGGAGAGGCCGAGAGGAUGGGCGCUGCUCUACCACGCGUUCGUGUUUUUAAUCGUUCUGGGCUGUUUGAUUCUGGCCAUACUGACCACAUUCAAGGAACACGAGAACGUGUCGGCACACUGGCUGGUCAUACUGGAGACGUUCGCCAUCUUCAUCUUUGGAGCUGAGUUUGCGCUGAGGAUCUGGGCGGCCGGUUGCUGCUGUCGCUAUAAAGGAUGGAGGGGCAGGCUGAAGUUCGCUCGCAAACCUCUGUGCAUUUUAGACAUCUUCGUGCUGAUUGCCUCGGUGCCGGUGGUGGCGGUGCGUAACCAGGGAAAUGUGCUGGCCACGUCCCUGCGCAGCCUGCGCUUCCUGCAGAUCCUGCGGAUGCUGCGCAUGGACCGGAGAGGAGGGACGUGGAAGCUGCUGGGCUCCGCCAUCUACGCGCACAGUAAGGAGCUGAUCACAGCCUGGUACAUCGGCUUCCUGUCUCUCAUCCUGGCGUCCUUCCUCGUCUACCUGGUGGAAAAGGAUGACGCCUCUGUGAGCAUGUCCGACCAGGAGAACCCCACGGCCCAGCCCAAAGAGCAGGACUUUGACACCUACGCCGAUGCGCUGUGGUGGGGGCUGAUCACACUGACCACCAUCGGCUACGGGGACAAAACCCCAAAGACCUGGGCUGGGAGACUGUUAGCCGGCACCUUCGCUCUGAUCGGAGUGUCCUUCUUCGCUUUGCCUGCAGGUAUUCUGGGAUCGGGCCUGGCUCUGAAGGUCCAGGAGCAGCACAGACAGAAGCACUUUGAGAAGCGCAGACAUCCGGCUGCAGGCCUCAUCCAGUCUGCCUGGAGAUAUUAUUCCACCAAUCCAAUCAGGGAAGACCUUAUUGCCACUUGGAGAUUUUAUGAAACUGUCAUCUCUCUUCCCUGUUUCAGGAAGGACACCUUGGAGGUCAUGGCGAGCCAGAAACUGAGUUUACUUGAGCGUGUUCGCCUUCCUAAUUCAAGACCGUCUGUGGUGGCAGUGAAGAAGCUGACGGGUAACGCAGACUCCAUCGAGGAGAGUCCCUCCAAGGAGCCCAAACCUGCCGGCUUCACUAACCGGGAACGCUUCCGCACUGCCUUCCGAAUGAAGGCCAACACACUCCGCCAGAGCUCUGAAGAUGCCGGAGGUGUGGCAGAUCCAGCCUUAGAGGAACGGGGUUUCCCCCCUGACAUCCUCCUAGAGGAGAUGAUCCCCACGCUGAAACUGGUCAUCAGGGCCGUCAGGAUCAUGCAAUUCCUCUUGAACAAGAAGCGGUUUAAGGAAACUCUGAGGCCUUAUGAUGUCAAAGAUGUUAUCGAGCAGUACUCUGCUGGACACCUGGACAUGCUCUGUAGAAUUAAAUACCUCCAGACAAGGAUUGACAUGAUUCUUGCCCCUGGACCUCCUCUCACCCCAAAACACAAGAAAACUCAGAAAACGCCCUUUACUUACCCGCCCAACCAGUCACCCAGGCAUGAGUCCUACAUAGCCAAAGCCACAUCCAUGCCAGAUGCGGAAGACCAAAGCAUGAUGGGCAGAUUUGUCAGGGUGGAGAGACAGGUGGAGGACAUGGAAAAGAAGUUGGACUUCCUGGUGGACAUGCACAUCCAGCACACUGAGCACCUGCAGGUGGACUCUGCCGGCUCUGCCCGCAUGACCCUGGAGACCUGCAAUCCUACGGCAAACGGUGAGGUCAGACGGGUUUUCCUCAACUACGGCGAGGCGUUCCCACACAUGUCGUACCAGGUGCCUGUCGGCAAGGCGAACCCCUAUUAUGGCCGUGGAAGAGGAGGCAGAGAAGGGGUGGGGUUGGCAGGAGGAGUAGGCAUUGCCCCUUCGGUUCUUCAACCCCAACCCCCACCUUCAGCAAUCAUCCCCACUUACACCGAGCGUCCCACAGUGUUGCCCAUCAGCUCCCUGCAGGACUUGUCAGUGGGACUGGGUAGGACCACAGGGGGGCAAGGCGGUGACUCACCGCUCUCCAUGCUAUCGGUUAACCACGAGGAGCUGGAGCGCUCGCCCAGUGGAUUCAGCAUCUCUGGGGAGCGGGAGGGGGAAGGGGAGAACUUCUCGAUGGGGGCCGGUUUGGCGCCCGGAGACCCCGGCUGGACGAGACCCAGGCCGAGCUACCUGGCGGAGGGGGAGACAGACACAGACACGGACCCUUUCACACCAAGCGGGGGGCCCCUGCCUCUCUCCUCCACUGGGGAGGGAUUCGGCGACGCUGUGUGGACCAUGCCACCCUGAGAGGAAACAAAUUCUGCGCAGAUAUCCACCACUCUGAGUUAAGAUAUUAAAUUCAACCCAAGCCUCUAAACCCAAGCCCUGGGUCAAAGCCACCACUGUGGACUGAACGUCUGGGGAGUAAAGCUGGGUCUUAUCCGAGAUAAUCGACCUUCAGAGGCCACCGCAGAUCUCAUCAUGCCGUCCGCGGUGCAGUCAGAGAGCCAUGGCAACGAGACUGCCCAGGAAAAAAAAAGAAAAAGGGAAACCACAUCGUUUGUAAAGUAAAACUCUGUACAGCGCACUCUUCGCAAAAGUUUAGCUGACAUAAAAAAAGAACAUUAAUAUACAUACUAUAUACACCCAAAAGCUUUAUUGCUGCAAAGCCAACCGCACUGCAUGUAACGCAUGCGAUUUUUAGUGUAGUCAGGAAAAGGAAAAAGAGAACGAAUGGUUACACAUACUUGCUAUGCCAUUUUGUAACACUUAUUUUUUUAUAUGAAUACAUUUUCAUUGUUUUUUGCAUGGUUUGCAUGAUAAUGCACCACUGUAGGAGUUGACGAUUAGAAGGUGAUCCUGGAACCAAAAGUCUCCUGUCUCUUCGUUGUUUGCCGAGUGUGUGUGUGUGUGUGUGUGUGUUAGAGAACUGAGAGAGACAGACUUUGGUAAUAAAACACUGGCUAGUUUGCUGGCAGUCAUGUUUCACCGUUUCUGCUUUUCUCACGUUGCUCUGUACGGUCUCUGAGGAUCAAUUCUGUCCAGAAACCAGAUUUUUUUUCUGGUCUCAGUGUUUUGUUUUCACACCACUGUGCUCAAAUUGUGUGUCACCACUUUGUGUGAACUGACUAUCCACUUGAAAAUUUGACUGAGUU